UGUCGCCCCGUUUGUAAUGAAAUUCAACCCUGCCAAAAUCUUGAAAUUAAUAGCAUCUAAGAUGUAAUAAAUCGAUGUUUGAACAUUCUGCAUGAAUAAAAAUGAUUGUUAUAAAAUUAGGGCAAGCUGGUUUAGUUGAACAUUUAACCUAGGGUGAAAUAAAUUGUAGGCUGCGUAAAACAAUGGCUUGACAUUUGGACUACUCAAACUUUCGAACACCUGUUGAAGGGAAAAGAAAAUGGGAGACCAAGACGAUACGACAGAGGAUGAUACCUCUGUGAGAGUGGCUCUAAGGAUUCGGCCACAGCUAGCAAGGGAGAGAAUCGAUAUGUGCCAGGUCUGCACGGCUGUUAUGGAACAUGAAAAACAGGUUAUCCUGGGAAAAGACAAAUCAUUUACCUUUGACCACGUAUACGAUAUCCCAUCAACACAAGAAUUUAUCUACCAGGACUGUGUGCUGAAACUUAUAGAUGGUUGCUUUGAUGGUUAUAAUGCGACGGUAGUGGCAUAUGGUCAGACUGGCUCAGGAAAGACUUACACGAUGGGUACGGGGUUCGAUGUCAGCAUGCCAGAGGAGGAAAUUGGGAUCAUCCCACGGGCUGUGGAACACUUAUUUCGGGGUAUAGAAGAGCGAAGACAGACUGCUAUACAGAAAAAUGAGCCUCCUCCAGACUUUAAAGUUAACGCUCAAUUUAUGGAGUUGUAUAAUGAAGAAAUUUUGGACCUACUGGAUGCAACAAGAGAUGUGGAACAUAAGAAUCGCAAGUCAAAUGCCAAAAUCCAUGAAGACGCUGAGGGUGGGAUAUAUGUCGUCGGUAUAACAACAAGAAUGGUGCACACACCUAAAGAGGCAAUGCAGUGUUUGGAGGUUGGCGCCCUGUCCCGGUCCACUGCGAGCACAAACAUGAACGCAACUUCAUCCAGAUCACAUGCUGUCUUCACUCUCCACAUAAAACAACACAGGCUUGUCAAGGAGGAGAGUCCUGUGUUUGAUGGAGAGGAAGGAGAGCAUGGAGGGCAAGGGGAGGGCACUGUGGCCAGAUCAGACGAGGCCUUGACAGAGUUUGAGAUACUUACAGCUAAAUUCCACUUUGUUGACCUUGCCGGCUCUGAGAGGCUCAAAAGGACUGGUGCUACUGGGGAUCGCGCAAAAGAAGGCAUCUCCAUCAACUGUGGACUGCUGGCACUAGGGAAUGUGAUCUCAGCGCUAGGUGACAAGACCAAGAAAGGAUCUCAUGUGCCUUACAGAGACUCCAAACUUACACGUCUCCUCCAAGACUCCCUGGGAGGGAAUAGUCGAACCCUCAUGAUUGCCUGUGUGUCCCCGUCAGAUCGAGACUUUAUGGAGACACUUAAUACGUUAAAAUAUGCAAACCGUGCUAGGAAUAUUAAGAACAAAGUGAUAGCUAAUCAAGAUAAGGCCAGUAAACAGUUAGCCAUUUUGCGACAAGAAAUUAUGCAAUUACAGCAAGAGCUGACGGAAUUUAAAUCAGGUAAGAGAGUGGUUGAUACUGACGGCCUAGAAACCACAAGCGAUGUCUUCCAUGAAAACUCAAUGUUGCAAUCACAGAACGACAAACUACGGACUAGAAUCAAGUCCCUAAACGACACAGUUGAGCAGCUUACAGUACGUAACAGUGAACUAUUGGCAGACAGGGCUCUCGCAGAUCUUGGGAAUGCGUCUGGUGACCCAGGCAGUGACGAGGUUGUCAGCCUCAUACGAGGAUAUGAAAGACAGCUGGAAGAACUCAGAGCGAAACUAUCGGAGUCUGAACAUAUGAAUGAGCGAUUACGUCGUACCCACCAGUUAUCUGCCUCCCGUCUGGGCAUGAGCACACUUCUAUCGCCAAUGGCCAACUCCAUGUCGACCAUGUCAAUGUCCCAAAGCUACGAGGCACCUUUGUCUCCUGAAAACCAGCUGACGUCGAUCCUAGGUCUUGCCAAGAAGGAUGUGAAGAAGUUGAAGAAACUCUCGAAGUCCAGGGCUAGAUCUAGAGUUGACCAUGAUAGUGACAAGGAGAACGUUGGUUCCGACCAGGAGCAGGCCGAGGAUGAGGGCGUAGUGGAGGAGGGAGGGGAGGAGAUCGUGGAGAAAGCCUCGUCAGAGAAGUCUGAGAAAGAUGAUAGCAACAUUGACGAGAAUGGAAACCUGGAACAAACAGCAAGUGUGGACGGGGAUAUUGGUGAUGAGGAAGAUGACGACGAUGACGAACUUGACCUUGGAUCAUCCGGAUCUGACUCAGAAUCUGAUAAAGACUCGGACAACAUCCAUGAGGACUUAGCAGAACUGACGUGUGAGAUCUCCAUUAAACAGCGACUUAUAGAGGAGCUAGAACAGAGCCAGCGUAGAAUUCAUGCCAUGAAGUCGCAGUAUGAGGAAAAGGUCACAGUUCUCAUGAACAAGAUUCGAGAAACUGAAAAAGAGCGAGAUAAAGUGCUGUCUAACAUUGGUCCUAGUACAACAGGGAAGGUGGAUGCAAACAAAGCUGCGGAAAACUCCAAGAAGGUCAAGGAGCAGUUUGAACGCAAGCUAAAUGAAAUGCAGAAUGAGCUGAAGAAGGUGAAUGCUGCCAAGAAGGAGCAUGCCAAGCUCAUCAAGAACAACUCACACACAGAGAAACAGCUGAAAACACUCCAGCAUGAACUAGGGGAAAUGAAGAAAACAAAAGUGCGACUCAUGAAACAAAUGAAGGAGGACACUGAGCGCAACAAGAAGUUGGAUGCCCGACGUACACGUGAACUGUCACAGCUCAAGAGGGAACAGAUGAAGAAGGAGGGCCUCAUACGUACGCUCGAGAACCAGAAGAAAAACCAGGACAUGAUCCUCAAACGUAAACAGGAGGAGGUGGAGUCGUUACGUAAGAAGAAUCGGCCAAUGUCUUCCCAGGCUGCCGGUAGGCUAUCCAGCUACCCAAGGCAGCCCCGUAUUGCUCAAGGGCCCAUAUCUACCUCUUCCCCCAUACGGAGACGACACAGGGGUGUUUUUAAUGCAAGAGCGGCCAAAAACAAGUGGAACGCUAUUGAGAAAAAUGUGAACUCUGUCAUAAACAAGAAACAAACAAUCACGAAUAUAGAGAAAGAUAUGGACAUCUGGUUAAAGCACCGAGAAAAACUAGGCAAGAAAAUUGAGAAAUAUCAAAAGAAGAAAGAGACCUUGAUAUCUCUGGGGCAUCUUGAGAGCAAGAUUGUUGAGGUGAGCGACGUGAUUGCUUCACUGCAGAACCAGGUGGCGUUUGCCCAGGAGAACAUUACCGAGUGUCAGUCCAACAUUGUACAGGUGGAAGAGAGCAAGGAGGAGGGAGGCGGUCUCGAUCCAGCCACACUGGUGAGUGCUGUGAGCCUGGAGGAGGCUAAAUAUCUGCUGGAGCACUUCAUUACCAUGGCAAUAUCAAAGGGCCAGGCCUUAGCGGGUAAGGAGUCUGAAGUGCGAGAGUUGAUGGCUAAACUCCACCAGACCGAGCUGAACAACACGCUUCAACAAGACCUGCUCAAACAUAUGAUGGAUGGCAGGGCCGAUAUCGAGGUGGACAACCUUAUGACUGAGCAGGUUGAUGACAUGGAUAGCUCCACGAGCUCAUCAUCCAGUUCCCCAGUGGACAGCAUGUUUGAGAGUCGUGUGGAGCCCAUGGUCAGCCAACGGUCAAGCCCACUCAUGGCUGCCAGCUGGGACCCCGCAACUGCUGCCAAACGUGACAAGGAUUUUCAUCGAAUAUUGCCUACUAUACUCGUGCAGUAUGUCCGCAAUUCUCUCCCAGUAUACUUGCCUGCCAGACGAAAACAAGCCAACCUGGAUGACAUGCUGUAUGCGGCUUCAGACGAGAUGGUUGGAACCCUUAACCCUGUCCCUGAGAAUGCGGUGACCAAAACCAAGGUGCAGACGGGGCCUCCUGUGAUGAGCCAGAGUGCCCCACCCCCUGCUGUCCCUGGUGGUGGGGACAACUUCCUCAUGCCCCCUCCCACCGUUCCCCCACCACACAGGACCCUCCCACAGAGGCCAGCGAGUACUUCCAGACUGCCCAGUGUGUCUCCCAGCAUGCGGAGGAAGGACAACAGUAAGCCUAGCCCUAGUCCCUCCCCAGUCCUACGACGUAAAAACAGCUUCACCCUCCCAGCCAGGUCCAACUCUGUGGAUGCUGCAACAUCAUCAGAUACAACUCCGCCUUCCUCGCCCCAGCCUGGUCGACGGGCAGACAGACUGACAAACGCAGAUGCAAAUGUGUUUUCACGGCUCACCAGCAAUACCACCGGCAUCUCGGACCUCAAUGUGAAAAGUGGCAGUAUCGUUACGGCUAGUGCGAGGUUAAGCAUGAAGCAGUCGGGACCACUCACAUGUUCACAGGUGGUCGAGGGACAUCUCAAGGCUGUCCUCUCCGUUACUGCUACUGAUGACCUCCUUUUCACCAGCAGUAAAGACCGUACGGCGCGAGGUUGGGACCUCCAAACAGGGAAACAGAUUCACCUUCUACCCGGGCAUCCAAACAAUGUGAAUGUGGUCAAGUACAGCCCGGAACACCACCUAGCCUUCACCGUCUCACAGUCUUACAUCAGUGUGUGGGACACCCGACAGAAAUCUUGUAUUAAAACUCUCAAUUCAUCCGGACUGACCCAGGACGGUCAAGUGAGCACGUCAAGCGUACAGAUUGACCUACCAAUGGGCGAACACCACAUCAAUGACAUCGCUCUCAAUGCCAACAACUCCCUUCUGUACAGUGCUGCUGGAAACACUGUCCGGGUCUGGGACCUGAAGAGGUUUGCAGCGGUGGGAAAGUUGAGCGGAGGCCACCAGGCAGCCAUUAUGGUUCUAGGCGUUGACCAGCAGACCGAUAAGGAUGUCGUUAUCACUGGCUCAAAAGACCAUUAUAUCAAGGUUUUUGAAGUGCAACCGGAGGGAGAAGGGGUGUUUACGCCCAAGUAUAACCUGGAACCGCCCCACUAUGAUGGUAUUCAGUCCCUCGCUGUGCAGGGCAAUACACUGUUCUCUGGAUCCCGGGACUUUUGCAUCAAGAAAUGGGAUCUAAGCAAUCACAGCCUUGGACAGUCCCUAAACUCGGCCCACAAGGACUGGAUCUGUGCCCUGGACUUCCAUCCAGGCUCUGGAGCCCUGCUGAGUGGGUGUCGGGCAGGCUACCUCAAGAUGUGGAACCCUGAGACAUGCACCCAGAUUGCCGAGAUUCGCGCACACACCAGCCCCAUCAAUGCCAUAGCCACAAACUCUACUGCCAUCUUCACAGCAUCAAACGAGGGAUUGGUGAAGGUUUGGCAGGUCAGCUGAUGCUUACAUAGCCAGGAUGCUGUGCCUUUAGAUGGCUUCACUCCCAACCCCUUCUUCUCCUUUCGCCAAUCUUAGUUCUUUUCAGCUUAUGGUGCUAUUCCUUCACAGCUAUUGUAGACAGCAAACAUUGUACCAGUUGUUUUUUGUGUGUAAAAAAUAUUCAAGCAGUGAGUGGCCUUUCUUCACAGAAGUGCAUGGUUUUUGCUUACACGAGGAUGUCAUAGUAACGCCAGUGUUUUUUAACCAGAUUUCUAUCAAUUUCAAUCAAUAGAUAAGCUAGAUUUUCAAUUUGUUUAAUUAGACGUCUCCUUGUUGGCCUAAGGGAUUAUGUUUAUUGGAGAAUAUGAACAAAUGUGAUAAUGAUAAAAGCGAACCGCUGGGUCAUGUUCCUGGAGUUAAGGUUACAUGUCAUAAUCUAUUCUCUGUUUUAAAUGGACAUAAACUUAGGUUAUGAUUUCAUCUGUUCCAUAAAUGACUGAUAAUUAUAAUAUCUUAUGAUUAAGAGAAAGAAAAAUCAUUGAGUUUCUAGUAUUUCAAAAAUUGUAUUAAAAUGACAAUCAUCUUCCUCCGGUUCUGCUUUUUGUGAUAUUUGUUUUUAUAAUUAGAUAUUGUUUGUGACGAGAUAUAUUGUUGCUUCAGAAUAUUUAUUCACCUGUUUAAGUGAAAUGAGAUUAUACUAUAUAUAUAUAUAAUGUUAAAUGUUGUAUUCUUGCCAUUGAUGUUCAUCGCGGGUAAAUGUUAAGUUUUCAUCAACUCUAUCUAUAGACAUGUACAUUGUGAGUUAUAUAUAAUUGUGAUUGAAUUCCUGCUGUAUAAAGAUAACAGCGGCCAAAAGGACUUGUCAAGAAAGUCUUUUUCUGUGAUAUUGGACAAUUGCAUGUUAGCUAAAUGAUUGUGCUUGUCUAUAUGGUGUACUUUACUGCAUUAUUUUUAAUUUAUUUCAGAAAUAAAGGUUUUAUUAUUUAGAAAAAUGCAUUGAUGCUGUAGAAACAAUUAAGAGAACUAUAUAUAAUCUGAUUCUUCUCUAGUUUAGAAAAGUGGGAUGGUCAUUAAAAAUAGGCUUUUUGUCCGUUUUUUCAUAUAAAAUUACCUUUAAAAUAUUAAUCCGAGACUGCAAUCAGAUUUUUUUUCCAUACUGCUUUGUUUCAUCGCACAUUAUAUGCAGCUUUGCUUGAGUUGAUAGAAAACAAUAUAUAACCUUUGUCUAAUGAACGGAUAUGGACAUUUAAAGAUAUACUGUAAUAUGGUUGUAUUAAAAGACUUGUCAUUGAAUAUAGGCCUGAUUGUUCUGAAUUUUGUUAAAGUUAAAAAUGUUAUUACUGACAUCAUUUUUUAACUUUUAGACUUGAAAUAUUUAAAAUUCUACUUGUUUCUUUAAUUAUAAACAAGUAUGACUAAAACAUUUGUCUAAAAUAUUAACCUAUAAUUUUUAUUUUUUUAUUAAUACAUGUAGGUAAAUGCCACAAAAUAUCACUUAUAUCAUGUGCUUUUCUAGCUUUGAUCAUUUAAGUCAGUCAAUUGAGUUAAACAAAAUUAUGCAAAAUAAUGCAUUAAAACUUAAUGAAAAAAAAAUAAUAAUUUAAAGCAUAAGCCUAUAUUGUGCUUGUUUAACAAAGUUCGGAACAAUCUGCCCAUCGUCUCAUGAAGAUUUAGAUCACUUUACCUUCUGUAACCUUUGCUUGUUUUUAGUUUCUGAUUUCUUUAUUAGGAUCAUUUGGUUUUAUAUUUUGUUGCUGAUUUUAGCAUGUCUAAAUAUUGUGUUGUUUUUCUCUAUUCUUCAGUGACAAUACAGUGCGAAUCUGGCGCCAUAGAAAUGCCGGGUCUCAGGAUUUCCUGAGCGAUAAUGCUGACACGCCAGCCUUGAUAACAGACAAAAACACUGUCACUCUUAUUAGCUAGCAUUAGCCUUUUGUACUUUGUGAAAUAUUAAGAAACAUCUCUUUCUUUCGGUGAUUAUUAUUGAAUAAAUAAUCUCUAAUUUCUAAUACCGAAGAAUGCUUGAAUUUUGCUGAACUCACACAAUGUAAUAAAUACAAUGUUUCUGAAAGAGAAUAUAUACAUUAUAUUUUGGAAAAGGCACAGGGUUACCUGGAAGUAAUUCAUAUCAUUAUGGCACCAUUCAAAAAAUAUAUAUAUAUGUAUUAUUAUAAACCUAUUCAAGCUGGUCAAAUCACAAAUACCAUGAAGAUUAAAUGACCUGACAAAAAUAAGUCAUCUUACAGAACAUGCAUAUCAAUGGUACAAUUAAACUAAACAUAGUUCUUGAUUUUUUUUGUUACUAAAUAUCUUUUAUAGCUGUUUGUUUUCUUAUACAAUCUAAUCCUGUUUUAACUCAACUCUUUUUUAGUUUCCUGUAAACAGUAAUUUCGGCUAGUUUAGGAGGUAGUUUAUUGCAAUUCAAAAACACAUGUUAAUGAUACACAUGUUAAUGAUUUUUUUUUAUUUACUUAGUUUUGUAUUUUAUGUGUACAGCAUGUGUGUUUUUAAAACACAUGUGCUUUAAAUGCAUUUGUAUUAUUAUAUAAGCAGAAUGAAUUACACACUUGGUGCACACGGGGGACCAUAUUAAUAGAAUUCUUAUCCCUAGACAUGGCUCAUUGAUUCCACUCCAUAUAUCGACCAAUUAUUUUUACAGUCCAAUCAAAACCUUUGGCUUGGACAUUUUGGAUAUAACUAACUGAAAAUACCAAAUUGUUUUGGAAACACAUAUCUGUUUAUUAUGAUAUGGUUUUCCUUAGAAGGACUAAUUGAUUGGACAUUCAAAUGUCAUUUUCAUUAUUAUGGGCAUUAUAUAACUAUGUCAUUGUAUGCUGGCCAUGAUGUCAGUUUGAAGACUGUAAUGUCAUAGUGGUUUAACAUAAGGAAGGGCGACAUACAAUUAUACAGUUCUCCUUAACAGUUAAUACAGGUCAAGGUCACAGUGCAAGGGGACGUUACUCCAUGUAUUGUUAUAUGGAUGAUGUCAAAAUGCCCCGAUUUUAUGACCUUGACCUUAUGCAAGUGUCUCCAUUUCAAGCACAUGAAACAUUUUAAGACCCCUUUGCACUCAUUGCUGGCAUUAUUUCAAUCAGAGAUGGUGGAAAAAAAUCUUUUGAACGUAAUUAUAUAAUCUAAAAAAAAAUUGCGAUAGCGUACUGAUGUAUUGCCAGUAUAACCAGGGAAUGUAAUAAAAUCACAUAACAUUAGAUUGGAUAUAAUGGACUCUGUAACAGAUAGGGCUUAUUUUCCUGUGUAUGAAUUAGUCUUGUAAAAUGGUUUUCUUUUAGAGAUAGCAGUGCUUUUAUCGCUGUAAAUUCUUUGAGAAAAAUAAUUAGGGCAAACAGAGGCAUAUAUCAGAUAUGCCCAACUAGCUUUUACGGAAAGAUACAGAAAAUUGUUUUAAAAAAGUAUGAAAGGUAGGUGGCACAAGAAGAGAAAAUUAACCCAUUUCACAACCAUCUCCAAGGUUACUUGCUCUUGUUACACUAAGGGAAUAAGGCCCGAAGUUUUUAAAAAAAAUAAUUGUGUAGAUUAGUCUGUUGCCUUGGUUACAUUGUGCAAAAGAACAUUCCAAUUAUGUGUCUUAUUGAUGAUUAUUUUUCAAAUUUGUCUCAUACUUCAAAGUAAAGUUAUAAUUACCACAAUACAGCAUAAUGUGUUCUGAUCAUAUCAGGUCUCAACGUUCAGUUAUUUACACCAAUUUAUGGUAACCAUUUGCUUUGCUUAGAUAUGCUGUUCUAUGUUUGUUUGAGUUGGCUUUUUAAGUAAGCAUAAUAGAUAUUUGUUUUCUUGCACCAUUAUACUCUGGUUUCAUUUAGCUAGCUGUGUUGUUUUGCUUGUUUUAAAGUGCUGUUUUUGUUGUGACUUUUUUGUUUUAGAACAAAUAUGAAGAUCUGAUUCAAACUCAAAAGGCAUUUCGGCCGAUUGUUCAGAACUUUCUUAAAGUUAACAAUGAGAUUUACGACACCGUUGUUAACUUUUAAACGUCAUUUCACUAGAUGAUGUGCUCACAUAUUUAAAUAUAACCCGUAUUUCGGAGACAGUUGUUUCAAAGCCUCAAAUCCUGUGAGAAAAAACUGCAGAUCACAAGUGUAUCCAUUAAACUUCCAGAGCAGUCAAGAUUUCAAAGUUAGCAACGAUGAGGUUCACAACGUUGUUAACUUUAACAGUUGUGAACUAUCGGCACAAUGUCUAACUAAUGUCAUUUCAUUGCCAAGCAAUUAUAUAAAACUUGGUUGUUUUUUGUUUGUUUAAAGUUAGCCAAAACAUAUUUUAUCGGUCAAUUUUAGUCUAGUAAUUUCUCAAAUCCUUUAAAUGUGAAUAUAGCCUACUAUAAUAGAAGAUAACAUGUGAACAACUAGGUAUUAUAUAUAUGCCAUUUCAUCUGUAAUGCUGCUGUACUAUUUGAAUUAUGUGCUUAAAAACUUGUAUAUAAUAUACAUACAUGCAGAUAAAUGAUUAUUAUACAGUGUUAAUUGUUGUUUCAUGUUAUUUUUUACUGUGUAAAAAAUGUUGUGCCAAUUUUUCAUAUAAUGAACUAAAUAGCUUGACACUUAAGGAACUGUGUUAAGAAGUAAAUUAAAUUGUUUUAAGUGAAAUAUUAAACUUUAAACGAAAAAAUGGCCCAAUUGCUCAGAGAUUGCCGAGAACUUUGUUAAAGUUAACAACGAGAUUGACAGUAUCAUUGUUAACUUCUCAAUGUGAACUAUUUUAAGAUGUGCUCAUAUAUUUUAAUGGAACAAGUAAAACUGAAUCAUUUGUCUCAACUCUUGUUAGGAACAAUGCGGAUCAGUGAACUUUCCAGAGCAUUACAGAUUUGAAAACUGACAGUGAUGAUGUUUACAAUGUUUUUUACUUUAACAAAGUUCUGAACUACUGGCCAAUGAUGGUCAAGUUGUGGACCUCAAAAUGAUCAUCAUAUGGAUGAAUCUUGAUGACAUUUUGGGAGUAGAAUAUGGGUUUUAAAGUUCAGAAUUAAUCCUGAAAUCUGGAAAGAAAGUUUUUAACUUUUGCUCCAACAUUUGCACCCCAAAACAGUAGGAAGUACAUUAAAAUGAAUAUAAUUGACUUUGUAAACAAUUUUGAAAGGGUCUUAUCCCCUCUACCCUGCCGCGGGCAUGAAUCUGUGUACUGUUACAGACCCCCAGCUAUUUUUCAGAACUGACAAACAUCACCUGUUAAAAACCCUGAAAAAGCAAAACAAAAAAUGACACUCUGGCCUAAUUUGUAUAGUACUACAAUGUCCACAGUCUUGAACCAGGUCCUGUUUACAUUUAUGGUUGGACGUUGUUUGUUAUUUUAUUUUCUGGUCUCAAAAUGUUUUUACAUUAGUUGUUUUAAACUAUUUUGAAAACCAAUGAAGUAAUUAUUUGAAUUGUAAACUUGUUAGUCAUUGUUAACUCUACUCACUAAUAUUGAUCUCGCAAAGAUAAAAUCUGGCUUACAGAGUAAUGAUUAUGUUUUACUUAUAUUUAAUGUUUUUGUUGCACAAUAGUAUGCUAUUACAUGGACAUAAUUAUAAACCAUAUACCCAUGGCUAUUAUUAACCUUUAGGUAUAAAUUAUGAAUAUGUCUCUGGCUAUGAUCGUUUGCUUGAAAAAAAUAAGUAUAAUAACAGAGCCAGGACCAGAUAAUAUUUAUAUGAUUCAGAAUGAUUAUUCUGUUUUCUCUCCUCAAAUGUAAUUUUCCAAAUGAUGUAUAUACAUGAUUCAAACAUUUUACACACUGUUGUUAGCAAUUGUAAAUACUGAUUGUUUUUGUUAAUAUAGUGAUAUGUUGUUGCUAAUGUGAUACUGUUUUCUACAUAGAAUUUACUACACACCGGUCAUUAUUGCAUUGUCUGUUUCUCCCUCAAUGUUGAUAAUCAAAUCAUAGUAACACUUAGAUUUUAUUGAAUGUAUACUGUGAGCACAUCAAUAUGGAACAAUUCAUUAAUAGUAUUUUAUUAAUUAUGAACAUAAACAAAAUAUCAUUCCAUUAGAGGCCCAGCACUGAAGGGUGGGGUCAAUGCUUUCAUUAUAUGCUUUUUGGCGGAUUUAUCAGUGAAAUAAAAAUGAUACUUCUCUGUUUCACACAGUCAAAAUAUCAAUUUGAUAUUUUACACUGUUUUGCAAUUUCAGCCUAUUGUCACAUUCAGAUCAAACAUUAGCAUACACAGGGCUGGGACACAAUUUCAACAACUUCAUUUCUGAAAUGAUAUUCCUUUAGGCUUUAGCAUAAAAUUUUGGUGCUCUUUCUUGAAAAAUUACAACUAAAUGUCAUUUUAUAGACUUUCUAGCAUAAGAUAAAAAGAAAAAUUGUUUGCUUCAGUGUAUGAUUACAAAAUAUUUCACCUUGUGAACACCAAAAAGAAAAAUAUUUCACUUGUGGGUACACCAAUCGUGUAAAAAAUAUCUCCUGCUAGUGUUCACCUAUGUAUGUAAAACAAGCACAUACCCUUAUUUGAAAUAGUAUAACAUGAAUAACAUUAUAUUAUGAUAUCUCAGAGUCCGAUAUUCUGAUUUACCAUGCUAUCAUACAGUUGUUAUGGCAACAGUAGAGUCAAUUAUCUAGCAGUUUCAGUCAGCCGGCCUUUGGAAAUAUUGUCUGAUAUGUUUUGUCAGCAGUGAAAUUUUUGAUUCUGCAGUAUGGUUUGUUUAUCAACAUUGGAGGACAAAAGAGUGUUAACCAUAUGUCUCAUAGAAUGUGUUUUGUUUGUUUUAGUCUUCAGUAGAACUGUUUUCACGCAUCUGGUUGCCAAGGGAUGCCCUGUGUUUGGUUUCCUUUAUGUAAUAUUGCUAGGAUCGUUAUGUAAUAUCGCUAGGAUUGUUAUGUAAUAUUGCUAGGAUUAUUAUGUAAUAUUGCUAGGAUCAUUAUGUAAUAUUGCUAGGAUCAUUAUAUAAUAUUGCUAGGAUCAUUAUGUAGUAUUGCUAGGAUCAUUAUGUAAUAUUGCUAGGAUCAUUAUGUAGUAUUGCUAGGAUUAUUAUGUAAUAUUGCUAGGAUUAUUAUGUUAUAUUGCAAGGAUCAUUAUGUAAUAUUGCUAGGAUCAUUAUGUAAUAUUGCUAGGAUCAUUAUGUAAUAUUGCUAGGAUCAUUAUGUAAUAUUGCUAGCAUCAUUAUGUAAUAUUGCUAGGAUCAUUAUGUAAUAUUGCUAGGAUCAUUAUGUAAUAUUGC